GUGGACCUUUCCAAAGACAUCCAGCACUGGGAGUCCCUGAAGCCUGAGGAGAAGUACUUCAUUUCUCACGUCCUCGCCUUCUUUGCUGCCAGCGAUGGCAUCGUCAACGAGAACCUGGUGCGUAGAGCAGCCCUGACAGGAGCUGCACUUGAAGUACAAAUCACAGAAGCUCGAUGUUUCUAUGGCUUCCAGAUUGCCAUGGAAAACAUACAUUCUGAAAUGUACAGUCUUCUUAUUGACACCUACAUUAAAGAUUCUAAAGAGAGGGAAUUUCUUUUUAAUGCCAUUGAAACAUUACCAUGUGUUAAAAAGAAGGCUGACUGGGCCAUGCGCUGGAUUGGGGACAAGAAAGCAACAUAUGGAGAACGUGUAGUAGCUUUUGCGGCAGUGGAAGGAAUCUUCUUUUCUGGCUCAUUUGCAUCAAUAUUUUGGCUGAAGAAAAGAGGCUUAAUGCCUGGGCUCACUUUUUCUAACGAACUCAUCAGUAGAGAUGAGGGCUUGCACUGUGAUUUUGCCUGCCUCAUGUUCAAGCACUUGAUACACAAGCCAUCAGAGGAGAGAGUAAAGGAAAUCAUCAUGAAUGCUGUUCUCAUCGAACAGGAAUUCUUGACGGAGGCACUGCCUGUAAAACUGAUUGGCAUGAACUGCACUUUAAUGAAACAGUACAUAGAGUUUGUAGCAGAUCGGCUUAUGUUGGAACUGGGAUUUAACAAGAUAUACAAAGCAGAGAAUCCUUUUGACUUCAUGGAAAACAUCUCUCUGGAAGGCAAGACCAAUUUCUUUGAGAAGCGAGUAGGUGAAUAUCAGAGGAUGGGAGUCAUGUCGAAGCCCACAGACAACUCUUUCACCCUGGAUGCAGAAUUUUAAAUGAACUGAGACCAUAUGAGUUAGUGUGUAUGCUCCCCUGUUUACAGGGAAACAUUAAAUAUAUUGAGUCACAGUGUGACUUGAUUCCUGUACUAAAAUCCCACUCUUAAAGUGUGGUGAUAGUGGUACUUUUCAGGAGGCUAGUGUAGCUCCAGCAGUAAAAUCCCUUUUUAUUAGACUUUGCCAAUGGUGUUAAUUCAUAGAAUGUUUAGUUGUUGCUCUUGGAACAUAUGCUACUCCAUUUUGUGAAAGAAACGGGCACCUUCCUUCUGCAAGA